GUGUGGGAAGGCGGGGCUUCGCUCGCGCGGGUUGAUGUACAUACAGAAAAAAGACGAAUUUUACGCGUUUGCUGUUGUGUUUCUAUUAUAUAGUUGCAGAUAUGAGUGUAAACGUCGUCAUGUGACUGUAUCAUGGAGUGCACCGUCGGUUUAAACGUAAAUAAGAGUGCAGUGACGUCGCAGUAGGGAUACGUCAGUGGGAAACAAACUUCAAAAGCAAGACCCCCACUGCAUGGAAGUUUGUCCAAACUAGUAGAUCACCCCGGACCAGCAACAACAAGAUUUGAGUAGUUUUUACACAUUUUAAGUGACCAUGUGUUUUUGGACUGGUGAUCAGCCUGUGUUUAGCUAUUGAGGAAAAGUUCAACCCAAAAAUGACCAGAAAUCAGUCAUCACUAUGGUCAAUUGUCACUAUGGUGACCAUUUUUGGGUGAACUGCUUUAGUUUCAGAUUUGUUUCUCGUGGGCACAAGAUGUCAGUGUCAGGACAUUGAGAUGCUUGAUGUGAGGUUCACGCUUUCUAUAGCAGCGCAAUAUAAAGUACUAUACUAUUAAAGUACUAUAGUAUUAAAAUAUCAUUAUUUUCUGAAACACAACUACUCAAACAAUGUUUUUGACAUUUUCCUUGAGAUAAAAUAAGUGUCAGCUUGACUCCGCUUUAUGCAACUUGACCCACGCUUAAUUUUUGACCAUUGAAAAUGGGUUCUACAAUUUCCAUGUGGGCCACAUUGAGUUCCCCAAAUAUCUGGUGUUGUAUCAUAUCAGAUCUUAUAAAUGUGGAUGCCUGAAGAUAAGUUUAAUAAGAACCAGAAUCUGAAAGGAUAUUAAGUCGAUAUCUUUAAUACAUUUUCAGUAGCAAUCGUGUAAACUGUGGAAAAGUAACACAAGAAGUGCUUUUUCUCAUUUUUGAACUGUUAUCGUUUGUAUGUAAUGUAAUGUAAGGAUCGCUAUAAUCAACAGAUUCUAUUAACAGACGUACCGAUCUCCGUGCACAUAUCAAAAAUAAUACAUUUUGAAAGUAAUUUUUCACCCCCCUAAAAAUCUGGCUCCAAAAUUUUGGUGAAAAUUGUUGUUUUGAUCCCCUCUGCAAAAUAUUGAAUAAAUAUAAUGAGAAAUAUUAAUCUAUGGCAUAAUAAUCUUUUUUCUUUACUAUUUAUUAUUUCUUUCACCAGAGAAAGAUUUAUUCAAAUCAAAAUUUAGAUGAAUUGUUACAAAAUGACCCUAUAAUUGCCAAGGGAUGCGGUAUGUAGAAGCACACUGAAUUACAAUAUUUAGACCUCACUAUGAUCACUUCCGUCUGUGUUUUGUUUGUAGGAUCUGCUCCAUCCAGUCUUGUGUUGGUUUCAGUACUGUGGAUCUCCACCAUGGGCAGACUGGACGAUGCUUCCAAGCGCAAAGUCGUGGAGCUGAGGGAAGCAGGUUUGAGUUUCCGGAAGAUCAAAGCUGUGCUGGAGCUGGAGAACAUCAAGGUGUCUGCGCAGGCCAUCUACCUUUUCCUGAAAGAGUUUCAAGGGAGAGCUCGGAAGGAGGACGGAACGGCGGUGGGUAGCAGCCAUGCGGUGCCGACGUCGGCCAGGGAGGCGGGCAGCGGCGAGGCUCGACAGGGUGCCUGGAGCAACCAGCAGUUGAGGAACCUCCUCAGAGAAGCUUCCCGGGUCGCAGCCUCUCAGCUGACCUCAGCUUCCUCAGAUGCAAGAGGUGGACAGUCUUCUGGGGCGGCAGGGAGAAGCGAAGCACAGGAGGGUGAUAAAGACGAGGAUAUCCGGAUUGUCAGCGUUACGUCUUUGGCACAGGGCACGCAGCACGCCGGCAUCCAGGGACCACGAGCAGGGACCGGCACGGGCACGACGAGCGGGGCUGCUCUUGUGAGACGCCGACACACACCCUCACCUGCCAACCCUGUGCUGGUGGCUCGCAAGAGACUGCUGGAUAAAGCUUUGCUUCACAGGGCAAGGGUAAGGGAUGGUGGACCCCAGACGGGUCAGCAGGUGCCGCUGUCAGUUAGAAGAGAUCAGUCGUGUUUCUCUGGUCCUGAUGGGAGAAAAGUUGUGUUACCUCAGACAGCUUCAUACGACCUCACAGCAUCCAGAGCUCCAAACAUGAGGGGAUCGCACCCAGGACCCAGUCUUGCCAGGAGAUGGAUCCAGCGGAUGGGCACUCCAGUUCGCUCUCUUCAACAUCCUCCUCGUGUGGGCGUCCGACUCCCCGACCCGCCCACCGCUGGAAGUACAUCCCACAAUGCCGUUCCACCCGCACGGGUCCAAAACGUGAACAGCCAGGCUUCACUACCUCUCCAGAGGAGCGGCUUCGACCCUGCCGCCGUGAGCAGCCUCCAGGAGCAGAUCCAGUCCUUGAGCUCUGAACUGAGAAAUCUGGGCGUAGCGCUGAGGAUGAUGGUGGAACAACAAGGCCGGCUGGAGAGAGAGCAAGCCCAGCAGACUCAAGUCCAGAAGCAGAUCCUCGGCACCCUUCAAGAUUUGGCGACCAAAUUAGAGCCGUGCAACGUGCUUCAGUCAACAUCGGCUUCAACGCUAUCAGCGUCAUGUUCCCUGGCCUCCUCCGAGCCUUUUAGUCAGCCCGCCGGGAGUCAGGGCGUCUACGCUCAGUGCAGUCAAGCCCAGACACGAUACAACGAGAUCCACGACUCGGGUCUCGAGGGCAUUGAGCCGUUCUCUCUGGACCAGCUUAGCCCACCUGCCAUGAACGGGUUUCAGCAGUGCCCGACCACCGGCGUGCCCUCAUUCACCCAUGCGCAGACACGCACAGGGAUGUUCACGCAGGCGCACACGCAAGCGUUUGCUCAUUCACCGUUUACGCAGUCGCACGCGGACUCGUACACGGGGAUGGAGAGAAAAUCAGCAGACAUGCCUUCUACCAGUGGAGACGGGACGUUCCAGGCUUGUAGCCCACAUAACCAGACCUCCAGUCUUCCAGUGUCCCCACACAAGGCCGAGCUGAACAUUAUUAAAGUGGAGAACGUCUGAAAAUACAGUGAGGAAACCAGAAAGUCCAAUGCAAGCGCAAGAAAAAAACUGACCAUAGAAAAAGACGGUUCACAUUAUAGGGGCAGAUCACCCACAAAUAGAUACUCAAAAAAAUCUUUUUUUCAUCCACGUGUCAGUCAAAACCUGUAAUGGGUUCUUUCUUCUGCAGAACACACAAAAAGGUAUUUUGAAAAAUGUUGAUAACCAAACAAAACUGACCGUCAUUGACUUCCACUGCAAAUCAGCGACAUUUCUCAAAAUAUCUUCUUUUGUGUUCCACUGAAGAAAUAGUCACAUACAGGUUUAGAGUGACAUGAGGGUGAAUUAAUGAGAUUUAUUUGGGGUGAACGAUCCCUUUAAGUUGUUUAGCAGUAUUGUAGCAUCAUUUGUGAGAGACUUAAGUUUUUUUUUUCAUUGUACCUUACAGGUUCAUCAGACCAGCAAGAAACUGACCAAGAGAAGAGAUUUUUGUCCCUAUUGUCUUUUUUAUUUAGCUGUAUGCUUUUGCCUUUUUCAUAUGGAAAAAAUAAAUAUCACAAUAGAUCUAGA